GUUCCUGUAAUUAUUAAAACUUCCAAGCCCAACAUGCUCUCUGCGCUGGAGAGCAAACAGAGUUUAGGAGGGGUUCAUGUUCUUCUCUGAAACGCGCUGGAAAUCAGGGUUAAUAAGUGGAAAAGGCCUCUUUAUCCGAAAAAACAUUUAGUUUUGACGAUGACAACAUGGCAGCUGGAAGGAAUAUGUCCUUUCGCCGCGUUGGAAGUCUCAUGAGGAGUAAAUCUGAGGGGACACUAAUCGAUCUAAGUGAUGAUACAACACCCACUGACAACUUGAAUGGUGGCUUUGUACCAGGAAGAACACAGACUUCAAAUUGGCCGUUUUUACAGCCAGAAAUCUCUGAAUCCUCUCAAACCAAAAACCCUUUUUGGAAAAAUAUAUCAGGAUCCAACCCAUUCUUGGAUGAUAUUGUUCACAGUGGCAAAGAUAAAGAUAAUUUGAAUGGGUCAAAAGUAAAACAAGGAGGAAAAACACAACAAGAAGUUAAUGAUGAUGAAGAAAUAUCUGAGACCUUUUGGAAAAACAGACACAAAAUCAGCAACCAGUCUGGGAGAUGGAGGAGCGCCUCAGAUAUCCUCGGUGAUCUGGAGAAAAAGGGGCCAAAGCUUAAGAACAACUCAACACCACCUGGACAUGUGCUCAAUCCAGACUUUGAGUGGUUGAAGAAUGACAGACAGGCCUAUAAAAUGGCCUGGUUGAGUCACCGGCAGCUGACCCGCUCCUGUCUGGACUUAAAUGUGAUGAGCCAGAGCCCUGGGUGGGCCCAGACUCAGGCCACCAAUUUUCAAGUCGUUAGCAAGAUAGGCCACAGGGGAGGCUUAGUACAGCUACCUGAAUCCAAAAUUAGCAUUCAUGUUCCAGAAGGCCAUGUUCUCCCCGGAGAAAUACAGGAAGUUACCCUCAAAGCUAUGCUAAACCCUCCACCUGGACUUAACAAUAACUACAUGACAACAAUGAGUCCACUUCUCGAGGUGUUGUUGAGUAACAUUAACACGAAGGAAUGCUUAUCCAUGAAGAUGAAGCUCUCAGGAGAAAUAAAGGACAACCCUGAAAGUCAGGCGAUGACCACUGUAUUUGGAAUGGUGUCCCCCAAACGAGAGGGGCCAUACUCAAAAAUUAAAGAUUCUCACGUUAACAAGAACUCGAUCCAGAUAAAACUCCAGGACCCAAAAACACAUUUUUUUGUAAUAGCAGUGGCCGAGGCCUCUUCACUGCAGCCACACACUACAGUGUGGGAUCACCUCGAUCGGCAACUCACCAUUGCCGUUUAUGGCCCAAGGUUCAUUCAUCCAUCAUUCAAGGUUGUAGUAGUAGUCUGCUGUCACGAAGAUGUUCCACCUAAGCUUCCAUUCUCAGAUCUCUGUAAGGGCAGUAAAAAUCUGCCUCCACUUGUGCUGCAGCUUUGGGGGAAGCACUCCUUCAAACCACAAGAGUUGAAGGACUUUAUUGUGGGGGUGCAUGUCAUAGCCUCAAAAUUUCAAAUUAGUCCUGAAGACCAAAUGAAACCAGUGAGGCAAAGUCAGCUCAAGAUUGGGACAGUUUUGCAUCUACCAGUUGCAAUAUCUUGCCCUGAAACAGCAGAGAUAACUCCUUUUCAGUUAGACAUACAAGUGAAGGAAUCAAGCUCAUCUACAGUUGUGGCUGAUUUUCAGAUAACUUCCCCUCCUGUACCACCUAUCCGAUCAGACAAGAGGCAACCAACAAAUGUAGAGAGAAAGAUAGAAAUCGCAAAAACAUUUCCUAUUCCAGAAGAAACUGAACCAGAUUUACCCAAAUUUAAAGACGUGCCAGUGAAUCUGCAGUGGUACGGGGUAGCCUUAAAGACAGUUUACCGUCAGCCUCAUGUAGAAUACCUCCUGGAGUACAUAAAGGGCGAUACUGUGGCUCUGCUUUCUAGGGAGACGGUCAGGUCAAUUGGCAAUUUCAAGGUGAAAGAGUGGUACAUUGGGUUCAUCAGAGGCAAGAUCGGCUUGGUCCACUGCAAAAACAUCAAACUCAUAACUGUGGAUCAAGUUAUAGACUUCAAUGAGGUUCAAAUCACCACAGCAGUACUUUUAAAAAAUAUGGCACAGCCCUUCAGGAAGCUUACGUAUAUGUAUUCUGCCAUCCAGACAUUAGUCACAGAGCACAUAACUUGUUGGAGGGGUUUUGCAGAUGCUUUGCAGUACAAAAAUGAGCCUCUGGAAACAAUUAGGCGAAGAUAUGCUGAAACUGAGACUGACAAGGUGGCUUGCGUCCUGGAGAAGUUAAAGGAGGACUGCCACUCAGAGAAGACUAGGAAAAAGUUCCUGCAUGAACUAAUGGUGGGGCUACUGAAGGUGAACAACAUGAAUCUGGUGGCGAAGCUCGUUCAGAACACAGUUAUUCUGUCUACAGCUGUGGAGCUGGAAAUCCGAUGGCGAGAGCUUGCAGAGAAGAUGGGAAAACUGACCAGUGCACAGAUAGCGGCUUAUGAAGCACCUCAUCGAGGAAAAAAUGGUCAAGUCAGUGUGCAGUCCAUGUGGAAGCCUGCCUAUGACUUCCUGUAUGCCUGGAGUCUUCGUUAUGGAGACAACUCAAAGGAUAUGAUCCAGGAGCUGCACCUGGUCCUGGAUAAAAUGAAAAACCCUGUUACCAGAGAGUGGAGACAUCUGACAGGCAUUCUUAUCACUGUGAACUGCUUAGAAGUCUUUCAAGAAACAGCUUUUCCAGGACCUUAAAUGGAAAAACAACCUUUCUCUACCUGUGAAAGCACUAAAUAUGUUACUUAUUGACAUCUUUGCUUAAGAGACUAUUCAGUUGAAAAAUCUCUGUAAAACUGAUAUUGUAAAUCCAGAUGGGUGAUUAUUUAAAAGUGUUGAAAUGUGACUAUGCAACUGUCAAAUACGUGAAAGGAAAAUUAUUUUCAGUUUCUGUUCAUAAUGUCAAUAAUUCUUAACUAAUUUUCUCAAUAUUGAUUUUUUUUCAGCUGGUGUAGGACCCUGUAUCCUAAUUUUUAUUUACAGUCUUCAGUAUUCCUUGUCUUUUUAUAUUGCAUAUUACUUUAUGCAGAUUUUCAGUAAUUGAAUAGCAUUUAUAGUAACCUUUAUCUUUUUAAUAUCUUGGGGUAUAUUUACAUUAUGGAUCAAAUUGGUGGUGUUAUACUUUGAUUUUAAAAAAUAUGCAUAUUUAGCAUUUAUAUCACAUUUAAACGCGUUUUUUAAAUACUU